CAAGUGCUUGGCAAAGCUUCUGAGCUACGCUGAGUUUGACAGAGCCGUGAUCAUCGCCCUGUUUGUGUUGGUGUUUGUGUUCUGCCUCUGCAAAGCCUUUUACAUUUUAGCGACAGAGGUCUGGAAGAAAACCGGACAGGCACUUAAGAUCUUUAAUCUCGUGGCUGAUAUGAUCUUUCAGAUUCUGCCAACUUUACAGUUCAUCCUCCUCUUCUACACGUUUGGAUCGACCAGAGGAGGAUUCAUCAUAAUUAUUAUUGUACCACUGUUAAUGCUGAUGAUGAAUGACGCAUGGCUUAAAAGAUGCUAUUAUAGACUGGGCUUUUCACUUUCAGUUGUGAAGACAGGAUGAUCAUCUUCAUAUUGGUGACUAAUGCAGUGAUGAUCGUUCUUUACAUAUUCACUCUGGACUAUCAAACAGAUGCGAUUGGAUGGGGCUGUGUUGUGAUGUUUCUGCAGGUUCGCUGGACGCUCAUGUUCUUCACAGAUUAUAUUUAUGGUUUUCUCAGAUUGUCUCAAGGUUUUCAGCGUUAUGUUGCUGUGUAUGUGUUUGGAUCAGUUGUUGUAGUUUUACUGAACUCUGCAUUAAUAACAGAAAUGAUCCUGAAAUCAGCGUCUGGAGGCCGUGUGAUGGCUGAUCUCAGAUUCAUUGUGUUUCUGUCUGAGUGUUUAUUUGCUGUAUCUCUGAUGAUUUCUGCGUUCUUAGGAUCCAAGAUCACAGACUGUCUGAAGUCUUGUCAGAAGAAAGCGAGACCGAGACGAGUCAAAAGAUCCCAGAAGAACCAGAACUCAGAAGAAGAGAGGAUUUCUCUGAAGACUGUAGAUACAGCGCUGUCUCAAACAUGAUAAAGAAAGUAUUACAGAGUGAUCCUGAACACGUUAAAGCUGCUUUCAGUCAACGGAUGGAUUGUGAGCAGCACCUAACAAACUAAAAUAUGUCCAUCAGAUCUGCACUGAUCCACUGACGUGUUUUUUGGAAAUAGCUGUAAAUUUAUAUUUUGUAUAUAUGUGUAAAAUCUUUUUUUAAAGACUCAUUCUAGUAAUACACAUAUUAGACUUCAGAAUCUGUACUGGCCGAUCUCAGACGACUUUUUUAUUUUUUAUAUGGUCAAAGAAAACAGGUGCAUUUUUCUCAGUCCUGUUAACAAAACUCUUACAGUAAAUAAAAUCAUAUUCCAAAAUAUA